AUGUCAAGUCAAACGAAGCAACUGGAAAUUAUGAGUAAAAUUAACGACUUGUUGGGCGAACUUCAGAAGCAGGAAAAGGAUCUCGAAAAGAUUCACUUCCAAGAGUCUGUGGAGGAUCUGGAGAAGCGAUUGCCCGAAUUGGAGUUGAACAAGGCUCAGAUCACUCUUUAUCAUAGUCUGCGUGAAGACAUCCUGUUAAAUUUGGAGCAGGAGGUGACCAAAUUUUCAUCCUCCCUUCCAGAAUUGGAUCGCAUUGCCGAGAUGCGCAGCCAAAUAAAUGAAAUCAACCGGGAUCUGGACAAGAUGUACGAGAUCAACAACUGUUCCAUCUGUAAAGCGACCUGUGAUCCACGUGGCAAUCAUUGUCUAGUUUCACUGCGAUGUGGACAUCUCUUUGGACAAUUCUGCAUCAAUUCUGCCCUCCGGCGGGCAUAUCGAUGUCCCCUUUGCUUGAGGGCAGCUCUUUACUACGAUGUCCGCAGGAUCUACGGCUUAAACUUUUUUCCGUUCUGA